AUGACAAGUCAUAAAGCACGAGUGGCAGUCCUGCUCGACCAACUCGCGGCAGCACAUAUUGACCUUGUGGAGUGGGAGCAACCGCUCCACCGCCGACUAGGUGUUCCUCUUGCGACAGAUGGAGUAAACAAUCCCUUUUCCUUGAGCGCUGUUGCUUUCUCUAACAUGUACAAGAGUCUGUUUUUCUUAGUCCCCGACCAACAUUUACAUCAUGCUUGCCAGAUUGCGGCUUCCUUGGGGUACUAUCCAGAAAGUACCGAGUCCCUGAGGGUCGCCUACGCGUCCGAAUUCCCAGGCUUAGGUGUGCGAUACAAUAUUGAUGACGCAACAAAAAAGAGUCUAGGCCAUGACUGCUUCCGGAGGCUUGUUCUUUUACCCCUGUCCUGGUCGGGGCUGAACUUCCACGAGCUCGAACCAGCAGAGUUACGGUACUCAGGCAAGCCAGACCACAACUAUAACAUCUGGACAGUACCUCUUGCGGCAGCUUGCACUGCCAUUGUGCGUCUUAUUUGCGCUGAAGGACGAACAAGCUCUUUACGCCGACGACUUAAGGCAGAUUUGGCCAAUCUUCUUGGGUACAACUUUUAUGAUACAAGCUAUGAGGGAGACUACGAGGAGAUCAUAGGAAAUGAGGUGCCGUUGUCAGAAUCCGAACUUUUGGAGAUUGAGAAUGCAGUCACGGAGAUCAAGUCUUGGGAAAUGAGAGAUGGUGAGGAAUGGAUAAGGGAGAAUCUCAUCAAGCUUGUUUCUGGUACCAUGACCGAAGACCAAUUACCCUGGAAAGAUCACUGA